AUGCCGCUCUCCGACCUCGACACAGCGCGGCUGCUUCCCAUUUUUUCUCUACUCACUGCGACGAUCAGCAACCUCAUCAGCCCUAAUGGACGCAGAUCUUUCGUUGAAGAUGUGAAGUCGAACAUACUGGCUUUCUCUCCAUUCCGCUUUGGUGCAACCGCGACAGCACUCGUCCUCGAGUUGAUCGGUUGCAGACUCCUGAAUAUCGCCGAAAUACAUGUCACUUUUGGGCGCCUCGCCGAUGAAAAUUCUUUACUUGAUCUUGAGCUCGGAUUCUGGUCUCGUUUCGCGCGGCGAGCUUUCCUCAUAGGGGUAACACUCCCCCUGUACAUGAUGCUGCUAGCCUCUGCGAGUUAUCGAUGGAUCCAAGCAUUCGCGACUUUGUUAGUCGCUGAGGCCGUUCUGUCCGAAAUUCUUAUAUUUUACCGGAGGACUUCAUUUGAAGUUCGUAGAGACUGGCCUCACCGUGUACUGCUAGUGAAGUCCCUCGCCCUGUCGGAUCAUCUCAACCACGGCCAUUUUGAGAACGAGAGCAAAUCAGGUGAAUUCGAGGAAAAAGAAGAGCACGAAAACAUACCACCGCCGUCUGCUCUGGGAGAUAAUCUCUGCGAUCGCGUACAUCAGCUUCGGCCACCAGCGGCUGAGCCGGUUAAAUUCGCCUCUCUAGAGAACACCCCUAAGCUAAAAAAGAUUUUCGAUCCAACUGUCCGGGCCCAGUGGACGUGUGGACACUGGCGCUGUCUCGUCUAUAUGGUUUUGCAUGUCACUGUGCGAGCAGUCUCCUCAUCAUGGACAAUCAUCGAACUAGCGUCGACCUUCUGGAUGCUUCACUGUGAACUGCAGCCUGUGACGCUCCGGGUUGCCGAUAAGUUGUCGCAGAGUCAUCUAGUCUAUGGUUUGCUCUCUACGCUAUACCAAGUGGGUGGUCUUUCACUCGUGGUCAUCUUCGGUUACAUUAUCGCAGGAUUGCUACUCAACCGUCUGCUCAUGCCUCUGGUCACCCGUCUGGUCACCCGUCUGUCCAAAAAAAGUCGCGUCCUACAGGGGAUACAGCAAAAAUUCCAAGACCUUGCUGAAACCACUCCGAUCACCUACAACGUUCUCAACUUCUUAAGGGCGAGUUUCUUAAGGGUAACGCUCACUCAAGGUUUUAUGGUUUAUUACUUCGGUCAAGCUCUAGCCCCGCUAUACCGAAAUUUCUCACCGGAAAAAUUCUCAUAUAUCAUUGAGAUCAUAGCUAUUCCAACCAUUCAAGUUAUGAUAUAUUGGCUCGUGUGCAUUGUGACUAGAACAGAGCAAGCACCCCAGGAGCUCGAAUCUCACUUCAAUGCUGGACAAUCUUCGGGGCCGAAUAUAGCUACUGACAGCGACUGCAAAGGCGCCCAAAACCCAGUCGCUACCGAUUCGCGCUCGACAUCCUCCAAUGAGGAAGAAAAAGUACCGAAAGAUGGUUCCGUAUCUUCUCGAACUAUUAAAGAGUUUCGCUUGACGAUAGUCCGAUUGGCCACUCUCGUCUCUACCGCGACUAUCUGGAUUUUUUGUUUUCUUUAG